AUGAACGUGGACGUGGACGUGAACGUGGACGUGAACGUGAACGUGGACGUGAACGUGAACGUGAACGUGAACGUGGACGUGGACGUGAACGUGGACGUGAACGUGAACGUGGACGUGGACGUGCACGUAGACGUGAACGUGAACGUGGACGUGAACGUGGACGUGGACGUGGACGCGGACGUGGACGUGGACGUGGACGACUUGGACGUAGACGUGGACGUGGACGUGGUCGUGGACAUGGACGUGGACGUGGACAUGGACGUGGACGUGAGCAUUGACGUGGGCGUGGACGUGGACGUGGACGUGGACGUGGACGUGGACGUGGGCGUUGACGUGGUCGUGGACGUGGACGUGGACGUGGACGUGGACGUGGACGUGGACGUGGACGUGGACGUGGACGUGCACGUGGACGUGGACGUGAACGUGAACGUGGACGUGGACGUGGACGUGAACGUGAACGUGAACGUGAACGUGGACGUGAACGUGGACGUGGACGUGGACGUGAACGUGGACGUGAACGUGAACGUGGACGUGGACGUGCACGUGGACGUGAACGUGAACGUGGACGUGAACGUGGACGUGGACGUGGACGUGGUCGUGGACGUGGACGUGGACGUGGACGCGGACGUGGACGUGGACGUGGACGUGAACAUUGAUACGUGGACGUGGACGUGA